AUGUCCAGAGAGGCUCUAGUAUCAGGUACCCAGCACAUGUCCAGAGAGGCUCUAGUAUCAAGUACCCUGCACAUGUCCAGAGAGGCUCUAGUAUCAGGUACCCAGCACAUGUCCAGAGAGGCUCUAGUAUCAAGUACCCUGCACAUGUCCAGAGAGGCUCUAGUAUCAGGUUCCCUGCACAUGUCCAGAGAGGCUCUAGUAUCAGGAACCCUGCACAUGUCCAGAGAGGCUCUAGUAUCAGGUUCCCUGCACAUGUCCAGAGAGGCUCUAGUAUCAGGAACCCUGCACAUGUCCAGAGAGGCUCUAGUAUCAGGUUCCCUGCACAUGUCCAGAGAGGCUCUAGUAUCAGGAACCCUGCACAUGUCCAGAGAGGCUCUAGUAUCAGGUUCCCUGCACAUGUCCAGAGGCUCUAGUAUCAAGUACUCUGCACAUGUCCAGAGAGGCUCUAGUAUCAGGUACCCUGCACAUGUCCAGAGAGGCUCUAGUAUCAGGUACCCGGCACAUGUCCAGGGAGGCUCUAGUAUCAGGUACUCUGCACAUGUCCAGAGAGGCUCUAGUAUCAGGUACCCUGCACAUGUCCAGAGAGGCUCUAGUAUCAGGUACCCGGCACAUGUCCAGGGAGGCUCUAGUAUCAGGUUCCCUGCACAUGUCCAGGGAGGCUCUAGUAUCAGGAACCCUGCACAUGUCCAAAGAGGCUCUAGUAUCAGGGCAGAUCUGGAGGUGAAGGAUCUUGCAGUGAAAACAUUCAGAAGACAGAAGACUCUACAGUCCUUGUGA